AAAUGUUUAAUGAUGCUGUACUUGACUACAUUUCCUUAUCAAGAUUCCAGUUGCAUCAUGGGAAAGCGCGAUGUUCAAAUCCACUUCCUGUCUUUGCUGGUGUUAUUUUUUUCAGUGAUGGAGGAACGAAACAGCACUGAGGAGACCCCACGCAACAAUGCCUUGGCACAACGAAGGAGCAAGAGUUACAGGCAUUCAAUGCGAAGCUGUGUUGAAGCAACUCAUCUGACAUACACAUCAGGCCUUCUGACAGCUCUAAGAAUACCAAGAAGUAGAAAGGCUCCAAAGUCACGUGAUAUCACAAAACAGGUUGACCCAGACCAAGUAGCACUUCUGGUGAAGAAGGAAUGGCAGCUGUCGUAUGUCACACCUUUGUACCAGUUUAGACACACUCAGUUGAAAUCCUACUCAAAGCAACUAUCAGCUUUCAUCGUAUCAGAGAAGCAACAGGGCCUGGCGAUUGAAGUUGGUCAGGAGUUGGGCUUCAAGGUCAAUUUUUCUGUUGUCCUUGGGUUGGCAGAGACGGAUAAAGAUGCUGAGACAGUUUUCAUACAGAUUCUCUCCAAACAAGCAUUUGGUGCAAAAGAUGAUGCUCAGAAGGUUGUGUGGAGUGGCUGGCUGACCUGCGUCAAUGGUGACUUGGAUUAUCUCCGAUCACUACCCCUGGAAUUUGUCAGUUUGCCUUUGUUCUGCACCAGAGGACCAGAAUCGCUCACAGUGUUGGUCAAAUCGUGGUUUGAAAAGACAUUUGACUGUUGCUUCGGCCCUCUUGGUAUCAACUCUACCAACCUCCAGUGGCUCGCAUCCCUAUGGACUGGGUGCCACCCCACCAUCAACAUCCAGUACCUGAAACUGGUCUGGACUCUCCCAACACUACCCCCUAUGGACGUUACGUACACCGUCCACCCACAAGAUGCCUGGGAGCUUUGGGACAGCAUGCGGCAGGUUGACACUACAGAGGACAGCAUCAGCAUUGAUGAGGUCACCGGGUUCAUCAAUGGGCUGCAGGCACACUUCUUCAGGCACUUCAGGAUAGACUUGUCCGCUGGGUCACUGAUGCAGAUCUCCACGGCUUUGGGUUCUUCUCACCAUAGUGGAAAAAUCAAGAUUGCAAGCCCUAAUUACAUCCCCACCAUCCUGCAACUGCUGACAGAAUGUGCUCUCCUGAAGAUGCCCAUCUAAGCAGACUGUCUUUGACAUCACAAAUUAAUGUUUGUGUUUUGUAAAAUACCUGUAUACCCCAAAUUACUGUCCAUAUGAAAUUAAACCUGACUUUUUUUUUUUAUAUUCAUGUAUUGUAUGAAAAAGGCAAAUCCAUACAUUUCAAAAUAGCUACGCUUUUGCUGAUUGUGUACCUUGCCAUUGUGCUGUGGUUUCAGUCACUAGAUAUUAUUCACUACAAGCGCAAUAGUGUAGAAGUAAUGUGUUACAGCUUAAAAUUGCAAAUGUUGGUUCUGUCAGUGUGGGGUGAUUAAUCAGGUUUGAUUCAUGGUAAACCGCCAAGUAACUUGGGCAGUUCUGAAGGUAUCAUUGUUUCCGUCCAGAUACAGUAAUUGGCAAACUGUAAGAAAGCCUGGUGUCCCAGAGAACUAGCCUAGCGAUUUCCUAAACGGUAGAGAGACGUAACAACCAAAAAGAAUAGUCCCUGUAAAUACAUUUCCAUCUUCAAAAACAAUUGUUUGAUGAGCUUAUUAAAGUUUGAAAUAAAGUGUUUUUAUUAACAGCA